ACCAAUAAAGUGCUCGUAGGAGAAGGAAUUUUGAGAGGAAACUCGGUAGAUACGAAAUUAUUCACCAUUCCAGCGAAAAGAAUAACGGCACAGCAGCAGGAGAAACUUGGUGAAGAUAGUGAAAAAAUAAUCGAAGCUGCUGAUUAUUCCUCCGUAUUAAAAUUGACGAAUAGCUUGAAAAAGACUGCAACUACGGCUAAUCAAAGAGGAUCGCAAGUUACGACGGAUUCAGCUGCAACGACGACUACUGCUGCGGAUAAACAGUACCAACAACAACAACAGCAUCAACAAUUCUCAUCGGGGGCGUUGAGUGCUCGUACAACGACACCUCCGCCAUCCAGCUAUCACCACUACAACCCCCACCACAACAACAAGAGUAAUAAUUUUUCUAACAAUUUUAAUAGAAACUUUGCCAAAAUUCGUCAAUACGAUACCGACGUAAGUCCUCGACCACGGCGACCGUUUCCUAACGACUCGUCGUCGCGUUACUAUACCAAAGGUGACGUAAUUGGUCAAGGAAGAAAUAUAGUUGAGAACAGUCGCAAUACUAACCUAACCUCACGUAGUGAGGGUGGGGUAGGCGGCGGAUUAGGUCGCUCAUCCCAACAACAUAGGCCGUAUCAAGACCAGCAACAAGGUCCGCCAUCAUUCCGAAACUAUCGUGGUGCUAGUUCACCCGAUAACAGCAUAUCGCCACCGAUCUCUUCGCCGCCAAUAACUAGAUCGCCACCGCCCCAAAGUCGCCAAUAUAUUGGCGGUGGAGCCGGUAGUGCGCGAAACUACGAAAACGGCAAACUUAACGGUUACGGUGAAUCGAAUCAUACGGACGACGGUGACGAACAAUAUUCGGGUUCCGCGCUUGCUCGUAACGAUAGCGAACGAAGUGGACGUAGUGGUGACGUAGGCGGUGCAGGAAUAGCAAGUAAUUGCUUAGAGCGUGGUCCUUCCGACCCACUCAAGACGGAAGCCCCCAAGCAACCGGGGCCAGAGUCUCGUGUACCGGGGAGGGAUAAUAACGUCCCCCCCGCAUCUAGACGCUGGGUCCCUCCAUCAUUGCGACCACAACAUGGACUCACACAGGAGGCCAAAAACGACGCAAUCUUCCGUAAAGUUCGCGGCAUUCUUAAUAAACUUACACCAGAAAAAUUUCAAGAAUUAAGUGAUGAUUUACUUAAAAUUGAUUUAAAUUCAACUGUUAUCUUGAAUGGUGUUAUUUAUUUGAUAUUUGAAAAAGCCUUAGAUGAACCGAAAUAUUCGUCUAUGUAUGCACAAUUGUGCAAGAGACUAUCAAACGAAGCACCAAAUUUUGAUCCACCAUCGAAUACGUGCACAUUUUUGCGUUUACUUUUAAAUGUUUGUCGCGAUAAAUUUUUAAAUCGUUCAACAACUAGUGAUAUUAUUAGUCAUGAUGGUCCGCUUACACCUGAGGAAGAGGAAAAACGUCAUGUUGCCAAACAGCGUAUGCUUGGCAAUGUUAAAUUCAUUGGUGAACUUAGUAAAUUGCAUAUGCUAUCGGAGAACAUUUUGCAUAAAUGCAUACAACAGUUAUUGGAUCGGAAAUCAAAAAAUGUCACAAUACAGGAUAAAUGCGAAGAUAUGGAAUGUCUCUGUCAGCUUAUUAGGACGUGCGGAAAGAACUUGGAUACAGAACAGGGCAAAAAGUUGAUGGAACAGUACUUUGAAAAGAUGGAACAACGAUCAAAUUCACAGAAGUAUCCGCCACGAAUACGGUUCAUGUUGCGGGAUGUAAUUGAACUUCGUAAGAAUAACUGGAUACCGCGUAAAGUGGGUACCACUGAGGGUCCAGUACCUAUACGACAGAUACGUGCAGAUGAUGAAAACAUGAUUAGGCCACCGUAUAUAAACAGGAAUCGUGACAUGCGUAAUAAUGAGCGAGACAGUGACAAUUGGAUGAACAGAUUCCCCUUGAAUCUUCAGUCAGGCUACAAUGAUAUGUUCAACAGCUUUAGCGGAGUGUCUAGCCCAUCCCACAUUAUGUCACCAAACUCUUACAAUAACAACAACCGGCACCAUAACGAACGAAACAAUCAAAACAACAACCGUCAUAAUUACAACAAUCGUUUCAACAAGCACAAUAGCCACAAUCAGCAUAACAAUUCGCACAAUAACUCAUCGUACUCGAAUAUGAUGAAUAACAAGGAUUUGGCGCCACGCUUUAAACGUAAUCUGAUUGCAGCUUCACAAGACCCUGUUGAAAACUUGCAGAUGCGACCGGCUGCUAAUAGCUUACUCUUUAAAGCUAAUGUCAAUAUUAAAACACCUCCUCUACCCAUAACAACGCCACCACCAAGUAUUCAAUCUUCUAAUAAUUAUAACUCAUUAAACGCGAAUAGCAUUAACAAUUCGACGCCAUCAGCGAAUUCGAUUCAACAACAAUCGCGUCCAACGUCUGCCCCGGCUUCCGAUACAUCGCAGACCUCUAUCAAUUCAAACGCUAGCUUGUCGCAAAAUUCAAUGAAAAAUUCGUCAUCGCAAUCCAUUGGCAGUGGACAGGCGCCACUAAAUAACACGGCGAGCAAGGACGCGUCACUUCUGAAACAAGGUUCAACGGAAAAGGUUGAGAAGAAGCAAUCGAAGAAAGACAAAGGUCCCAGCAAAGAUGAGAUUUUGAAGAAAGUUCAGACAUUCCUAAAGGAGAAUCUUAUAGUCGAUAACAACGAGAACGAUGAUAAGAACAUGGACGACAUUGUAGCCUCAUUCUAUGAACUGAAAGUGCCUGAUAAGUUCAUGAAGGAAACUUGCGUUUGCAUUUUCAACGAAAUCAUUGACAAAUCGGAGCAGCAAUACGACCGUGUUAUAGAAUUCAUCCAACAACUGCGUAGAGAAAAUAAGAUUCCAGCUAACUCUCUGCUUGAAGCUUUCCGGCAAAUUGUGAAUCGCAUGAGCGAGAAGGAGGCGACUAUUCCACGCAUCACAACCUUGGUUGCUACACUUCUGUCGCGCGCUGUCAACGCCAAGAUCUGCAAGCUCGCUGAUAUUGCUUCCUACACAAAAGGCGGACAACACUAUCCACUCUUCUUGCUUGUUCUCCAGCAGCUACAUAAGAUAAUGGGCAAAAAUCAACUGAGCGACUUAUUCACGGAGAGUAAGGUCAGUUUGAUGACUACACUGCCUGAAGCCGAUCGUACCAAAGAUCGUAUGGCCGAAAUAUUGGACGACAGGAAUCUGAGCUUUUUGUAUCCAUUGCUUAAGUUGCAAGCUGAGAUGUGGAAACAAAUACAAACCGAUCCAAACCCGCAAACAUUCUACAAGUGGAUAAAAGGAAAUGUGGAUUCCAAGUAUUACGGCGAUGCUGGUUUUAUCACGGCCCUGGUGACGGUGAUUUUGAAAUAUGUAGUUCAGGAUUCGACGUUCAACGAAAAUGCAGACAUCAAACAGAAUCCUGAUAAAUCCCAAAUUGAAAAGGAACAAGCUCUUCUCAACAAAUAUCACAACGUUCUGGCUGCCUUUUUACAUGGAGACCACGAUCUUCAGUUGAUCGCGGUUUAUGCUCUUCAAGUUUAUUGCCACAAUCUCGGAUUCCCGAAAGGAAUGCUAUGCCGUUGGUUCAAAAAUCUCUACGAAGGUAACGUAAUCGAAGAAGAACCGUUUGUCCGUUGGAAGGAGGAGAUUACUGAUGAAUAUCCGGGCAAAGGUGAAGCUCUAUUCCAAGUGAACACGUGGCUGACUUGGUUGGAACAAGCCGAGUCGGAGGACGAAGACUAACACAACUUACUUGAACCACCAUCGGACGGACGGACGAGCUUCGGAACAGACAUAGCAGGAAAACAAAAAUAAACGAUAACAAGAAAUUUUACGCUAGACGACGAACUGGAAGAUAGUACGUGAUGAAUUUAAGCAAGAUUAAUCGGUGGAAGGGGAAAAUGCACAUUAAUUGCCGCUGAAAUGCUAUUGUGUGUUACGGAAGGACGGGAGGAAAGGAUUACAUAACAUCUUCAAAAGAAUUUAUAUAUAUAAAUAACUUAGUAACAAAGCAAAUGUAAACGAAAUCGAUUCAAUAUUCAAUAGUCCAGAGAAAGAAACACUAAAUCAACAGAGGAGAAUUAAGAAGGAAACGCAACAGAGGAAAAUCUAGACAUCAUGCUCCACAGAAGUGGAAAUAACUCAAAUUUUUGUUCAAUAUCCAAACACGAUAAAACAGCUGAAAUUCAUUCUUAUAAUUCUCUGAACUCUUGACUCCCAGAAACAAGAGAACAAAAAAUGUUUGCAAACAAAAAAACUAUAAAAAGAAAAAUGAUCAAAAAAUAUUUUUAUUUUUUAUGAUUUCCGAACUAAAAGAAUAAUUUUUUGAAAAAGAAAAUAGCUCGAGUUUUUCUUCCCGUAAUUGAUUCAGUCGCCUAUUACAGUUUUUUACUACUCCUCAACAAUUAUUGGUUUUAAAGCUCUAAUAAGAAAUUGAGUAAUUCAUUUCUUUCUUAUUCCCGUACGAAUUUUUCAUAAAAUCCUUAAAUUUACAGAAAUUACUUUAAAAAUAUAUUUGGAAAUUUACCAUGAAGAAAAAAAUAAAAUUGGAGGAUCUUAGACCAGAAAAAAAAAACAAAAGUAAAAGUACCAAUUUCGUGAUUGUGUUUAUCAAAAAAAAAAUAAAUGAAGAGAGCAAAAAAAAAGUAAAUAAAAGUUGUGAGCUGUAACAUUCACUUUUAUUUCGAGCGUUUAGAAUAUUUGGGAGAUCAUCUGAAAUAUUGUCCACAAAAAGCAUUUGUGGGAGAAGUUCGUUGUGUGCUGAGUUCAUUUUUGUUUGUGUUCUGAUUUCGGUGCUCUUUAGUGAAAAUAGUUAUGAAACAGAUUCCGUUGCAUUGUUUUAAUUUUGAUAAUUGACACAGAAAGACUGAGCCGGAAGUAUUGUUUUUUGAUUUCUUAGUUACAGCGAAUUAAUUCAAUUGUUUAGCGCUUUCAUGCAUUUACUUUUUCGAUGGUAAAGCUAAUCCAUUGUGAAUUGGAAGCACAUUUCCAAAUUAAAUGCUUUUUUGUUCCUAAAUACUGACAAUUAUUAACAGCUUAGCAACAACAACUUCAGUUUGACCAAUGCUAAAUUAAUGUAUGCUAUCGAAAACGUUAUGAAGACUCCAUUCAGUUUUUAAUUUCAAUAUCAACAAAAUUUUGUUCUGUUCUAGAAACAGUUUAAAAGAAAAAAAUGAAAAUUUUUGCUUUCGAAAAAUGAAAUAUAUGAUUUUGGAAUUGGCUAUAUAAA